AUGCCCACAGCAGGAAAAGGUGAUAUCAAAAUCUCCGAAUCGAAAAUCAAACACGCGAACGAACUUUGCCCAAACAACGAUGACUUAUCCAGUGUUGGUGCGCAUUUGGACUUGGAAGCAUCACAAGAUCAACUUGAGGAGCAAGAAGUUUUUCAAAUCGCAAAGCAAGAUGGUCCCAAUUUCCGGGGAGUGGGAACAUAUGGCGCCGCGAUUUUGAUUGCCAAGUCUCAAUUGGCAUUGGGCGUGCUUGGUUUACCUGCGACUUUGAAUACUUUGGGGUUUUUACCAGGUUUAAUUUGUCUUUGUUGUUUAUGCUUUCUUUGCACAUAUACUGGGUUUACCAUCGGGAAAUUUAGAAACAACCAUCCUCACAUUUAUUGCAUUGAUGAUGCUGCCUAUAUGUUAUUCGGCAAAUGGGCUCGUGAAUUGAUGGGGGUAGCUUUCUGGAUCUUUUACAUGCUAUGCUAUGGAUCCGCCGUGCUUGCUAUAUCAAUUGCAUUUAAUGCCUUGACUGAACAUCCAAUAUGUACCGUGUUUUGGGUGGUUAUUGCUGCAGUUAUCUCAAUCAUGCUUGGCGCUUCAAUCAGAACAAUGAAAGUGUUGUCGUGCUUGGGGUAUUUUGCCAUGUCCAGUAUCGUUGUGGCGGUUUGGAUAGUUGCCGUUGCUUGUUUAGCUCAAGAUGAGCCUGCAGCUGCUCCUAAAGGUGAACCCAUAAACAAAAUGAUUAGAGUUGCUUCACAGGGAAUUCCAUUCAAAAAAAUUGCCUCAGCUGUUGCAAUUCAAUCAUUCUCUUUGAAUGGUACUGCGUCAUUCUUUUCAAUUUAAGCGGAAAUGAGAGAUCCAAAGCAGUAUGGAAAAUCAGUCUUGAUGGGACAAAGUUUGGUCAUGUUCAACUAUAUUAUUCUUGCAAUCAUUAUAUAUGCCAAAGUUGGACAAUAUGUGGCAUCACCUGCACUUGGGUCCGCUGGUAGCUUGAUUAAAAAAAUUGGGUACGGCAUUGCUCUACCCGGAUUAUUUUUUUCAUCCUUUUUUACCGCUCAUCUUGCUGCAAAAUAUGCCCAUAUUCGUAUACUUAGAGGCACAAGACAUUUGCAAAGUAACACAAAGACACAUUGGAUUACCUGGCUAAGUAUGAUGUUGCUCGUGGGUAUUGCUGGAUUUGUGGUGGCUGGCGCAAUACCAUUUUUUGAUAAUUUGUUGGCAUUGAUGGGUGCCCUAAUCGGAACUUCAUUCACAUUCUUCAUUCCCGCUUGUAUGAUUUUGUACGAGCUUGGAAAUAGUAAAGUUCAAACAUAUGAACUGCCACUUACUUGGUUUAGGAGAUCAAAAAGAAAAUUUGCCAAAAACAAGGUGCCGGUGUUCUUGGCCACCAUAUGUAUUGUUCUUGCUGUUUUUAUCUGUGUGGGUGGACUUUAUGGAGCUAUAGCAUCUAUUGCAGAUGGAUAUGCCAAUGGAGAUGUUGAUAGAGCAUUUUCGUGUAGAAACAAUGCUUAA